GUUAGUGAAUAUACUAUUUUGUUGUUCUUAUCCUUGUUCUAGUAUUUUAUUAUAAACAUCAUUAAAAUUAAUAUUUUUGUAUGUUUCUAGAGGUCUAAAAUUUAAAUUUAAUACUCGUGUUUUAGGUAGUUUAAGCAAGUUAUUUCACACAAAUAUUAAAUUUUUGAUUAAAAAAAUCACUAGUUAUAAUUAACUACAUUAUUAAUAAUUAUCGAACAUUUUUCAUUUAAAAACUUUAUUACAUACAAGAUGGAACCAUCUAGUGAUAUUUCUAUAGAAAACUGUGAUGAAAUUAAUAAAAAAUCAACAAUAAAUAGAAUCCGUAAAAGAAAAAAGCAAUUAUUUGCCGAGUUAAAAAAACAAAUUGAAUUUUACCUAAGUGAUGCUAAUUUGCGUAAAGACCGGUAUUUUGGACAUCUUAUACAAAUUAAUAAUUAUAUAAGUAUAGACACAUUUCUCAAUUGUAAUAAAAUUAAAAAAAUUACAACCAACCCAGAUGACAUUGUUAAAGCUUUAGAAACUUCACAUAUGUUAACUGUAAGUAAAUGUAAAACAAAAAUACUACGAUUGAACCCUAUUGAAGAGAAACAGCCAGAAGAUAUUGAUCGAUGUACAAUUUAUGUUGAACAAUUACCUCCAAAGGCUGAUCAUGAUAUUGUAAAAUCAACAUUUGAAAAAUAUGGAAAUGUUGCUUAUGUAUCUUUACCUAAAUUUAAAAGUGGAAAUAUUAAGAGAUUUGCAUUUGUAGAGUUUGAAAAUGAAGAUUCAGUCAAACAAAUUCUUGAAGAAUUCCAAAAAAUUAAUGAAGAUUCUAAAAUUCUUCCUGAACAACUUCAAAGCAUAAUUUCAUUUAACGAGGGGGAUAAAGAAUGUGCUGAUGAAACCAGUACUAUACCUUGUAAAAGAAAAUUCUCUGAUGAUCAAAAUGGAAUAAAAGAGAAAAAAAUGAAAUAUGAAUCUUUGAAAAUAAAUGCUACUGGAAACAAAAGUGUAAGCAAAAAAAAAAAAAAGAAAGAGAAAUCAAAAAAAAAUUCUAUGGACAGUAAUAAUAAAAUAGAGAAUUCCAUAAAUGACAAUGAAAGUCUUCAAAAGAUUGUACUUAGUGAUAAUUCUACUAUUGAAAAAACUGAUGAUGAAGUAACUGCAAGUGAAGAAGAUAUCAAUCAAAGCAAUGAUAUAACAAAUGACACUAAGGAGGACUUAGCCAAAAAAAAAAGAAAACGCAACAAGGGUAAAAAAGUUAAAUCACACUCUUGCUUAUCUCUCCAAGAAAUAAGAAUUAUGUCUAAGCCAGAUUGGAAAAAACUAAGAAAUCAGUAUUUAAAUAUGCAAAGGCAAAAGAUGUCUAUUCUAAAAGCACAAUUACAACAAGUAAAAUUUCAUAAGAAAUUUGAACCUCAAAUAAAAAAAAAAAAUGAACCAAAUAUAUCUAAAAGUGAGGUCGAAAUUAAUAAAAAAAAUAAUGAUGAUGUUCGUGUAAAAUAUGAACCUGGUAUUAUUUUAAAAGUUAUGUUUUCCAAUCCCAUUGAGUGUGACAAAUCAUUUAAAGCUGAAGCUAGAAUGGAUCCAGUAAUUAAAUAUGUGGAUGUUGUUAAAAAUACUGAAGCAUAUGUACGUUGUGACUCUCAUAACUCGGCUAAAAAAAUUGCAGCUGAAAAUCGUUGGCCUACUACAAAACUAUUAGAUGGUGAAGAUGAAAAAUUAUACUGGGAAAAAAUACUACGUGAUCGUGAAAAUAGAUUUAUCAAACAGAAAGAAACUAAAAAACCACGUGGUCGCUCAAAGUUAAUAAAUAAAGCAGAAAAGCAAUUAGCUCAUCAUGUAAAAUUUACUGAAAACUAAAUAUGUAUUAUUUAAAUAUAAUACAUACAUAUUAAUCUAAGUAAAAUUUUAUUUGAAGAUUAUUUAUUGAUUGUAGAUGUUCCUUACAAAAUACAAUUAUUUUACAAAUAAU